AUGGAUGAAGAUAUAAAAUUGAUUAAAAAAAAUGAUAAUACAUACAAUAAUAAUUAUCUGAAUAAAAAAAUUAAUGAAAUGGAGAAAAAUAAUUAUAAUAAUGGAAAAGAUUUAAUAAAUCAGUUAAAUAACUCUAAUAUAUCAUUAAUGAGUAAUUGCAGCAAUGAAAAUAAUGAAUCGAGUUUUUCUAUAAAAAAUACAAAAUGUGGAAUAAAAGAACAAAACAGAAAAAUGGUAAAUGAAAAACAAAUUAUUAUUAAUACUUCUCUUUCAAAUAAUAUAAAUUGUAAAACUUCUUUAAAAAAAAACACUAUAUUUAAUGUUGAAAAAAAUAAAAAUAAUAAAAACAUAGUAUAUUCUUCAUUAAAUACAAAUAAUAAAAACUCAGAAUAUUCUUCUGAUUUAGAAAGAAUUAGUUAUGAUAAGAAUAAUAAUUCAGGUACCGUAAGUUUAGGUAAUUAUACCAUUUGUGAAGGUUAUGAUAAAGAUUUAGUAAAAACUUCUAUGCAUAUUAAUAGAGAUAAUUCGUCUUUAAAAAAUUGUAACAAAAAAAAUAUUUCAAGUGGUUUAAUUAAUUUAGAUAAAAUUCAAAGUGUUAGGUAUAACAAUAAUAAUAAACAUAAUAGUCAUAAUAAUAAUAAUAAUAAACAUAAUAAUCCUAAUAAUAAUCAUAAUCAUAAUAAUUACAAUUUAAUGAAUAAUAAAAAUAAUAGCAAUAAUAAUAUAUGUUACGGUACUUUAACUGAUAAUUUAAGUAAUUACUAUCCACUUUCAGAUUAUAGAAAAAAUAAAAAUGAUUUUAAUUUCAUACAUACAAAAAAUAAGGUAAAUAAUGAUAAAUAUUUCAUAAUAAAUAGCAAAAACUAUUAUGAUAACAAGUUAUAUAAUCAAUCUGCUAAUAAACAAGAUAUAUUUAUAAAAUUAAACAAUAAUAUAGAGAAUUUCAGAGAUAGUAAUAUAAAAAAAAAUAUAGUUAUGCAUGGGAGAACAAAAAGUAAAAAUAAUAGAAAUGAUUAUUGUUGGAAAAUUAUGAACGAACUUGAAAAUAAAAAAUUUAAUAUAAAUUAUGAUAAUAUAGACAAUAUAAAUUAUAAUAAAAAUCACAAUACUCCUAUCAAGAGUAAUUUAUAUCAUAUUAAUAAUAAUGAUUCACAUAACAAAGAUAAUAUAAAUUAUAUUAAAAACUAUGAUAUUAAUUAUAAUAAAUUUAAUACUCCUUAUAUCACUAAUAGCAACAGUAACAUAGCCAUUGCAAAAUACAGAAAUAAUUAUAAUAUAAUAUAUAAACAGGAUGCCUUAAAUUAUAAUAAAGACAACAUUACUUAUAAAAAAAAAAAUGUAUAUAAUGAUCAAAAUAUAGAUAACGUUCAAAAAAACAUUAAUUACAACAGUUUUAAGAAUAAUUUAAAUAUAUUAAAAAAAAACGAGGACAACAAUAAUUUCGUUAUGGAUAAAAAAAAGGAACAAAUAAAUUUACAUUCAAAAAACGAUUACAAAAUAAAAGAUAAAAAACUAAAUGAACUUAACAUAUGUUACAAACAAGAAAGUGGAAAUGAAAGUAACUUUAGUGAUCCAAUAAAAAGUGAUCUUUUUAAAACAACCCAGUAUGAUGAAUUAGAUAAGACUAAUAUAAUAAAAAUAAUACCUAAUAAUAAUAAUAAUAACUUGGAAGAAAAGAAAAAAGGAGAAAAUGUAGAAAAUGAAAAUUCAAAUAAUAUAAAAAGUAUAGAUGAUUUACAUAAUUUUCUUAAUGCAGUUAAUGAAUAUGAGUCUUUAAAUAAGAAAAAGGUAAAAACAGUUUAUAUACAAGACGAUGCAAACAUGCCUAGAAAAUGUAAAAUAAAUUAUUAUCAAAAAAGAGGAAGUUUUAAUUAUAGUGGUUUAUUAACAUCAAUGGUGUCAUCUAUUCUUACACAACAAAAUGACAUAAAAAUAGAAGAAAGCAAAUGUUUCGAUUCUUCAUGGAAUGAUAAUAAAUAUGAAUAUACAUUGUUACAUCAAAUUGUAGAAACUGAAAAAAAAGACAAAAUUGUAUCAAAUAAAAUGGAAGAUCUCCAGGAAAAAAGUUCCUUUGACAAAUUACUAUAUUUAACAUUAACUUUAAUGAUAUGUAUAUCAAUAUUAUGUAAUUAUGAUCACGGUGCUAUACCUGUUACAUUAGAAGAGAUUCAAAAAGACUUUCCUCUAAGUUAUAUUGAGCAAUCUUUAUUAGGAAGUUUAGUUUAUUUUGGAUUAAUAAUUGGAACGAUAAUUGCUAGUGUUCUUUUUGAAUUAUUAUCAGCAAAAUUAUUAGUGACAAUUAGUAUAAUUUUAUUAUCCAUAUCAUUAUAUAUAUUUAGUCACGCAAAUUGUAUCGCAUUUAUGUAUAUUUCGAGAUUUGUUAAUGGAUUAUGUCAAGCCAUUCCUGUUGUUUAUCUCCCUGUAUGGGUAGAUCAAUUUUCACCUGACGAAAAGGCAACUCAAUGGAUGUCUUAUAUUCAGCUAGCAUCUAUUGGAGGAACUGUAUUUGGUUAUUUUUUAGGUGGUAUUUUAUCAAAUAAUAAUAAUUCUCACCAUCAAAAUGAUUCCAUUUUUUCUAAUUUAUCCUUAUUUACUACAUGGAGGUCUCCUUUUUUAAUUCAAGCAUUUUUAUUAUUACCUAUUUUUUUAAUUAUGAUUUUUGUUCCAUCUGAUAAAAUUAAUAUAACUUCGAGUAAUAGUGAUGUUGAUAAAUCCAACGAAAAUAACAGUGGAGAAUAUAUAUAUGAUAAAGAGUCAUCACAUAAUAAUCAAAGCAGCAAGAUGGAUUAUUCAUUUAAAAAUAUUUCAAAUUUUACGGAUAAACAAAAAUAUAAAAGAAGCAGAUCAUUAUAUGAAUCAAAAAAUAGUACAGUACGUAUGAAUUUCAAUAGAUCAGCUACUUAUAUAAUGGGGAAAAAAACUAAUGUUCUUAAAAAGACAUUUAAAGAAGUGAAAAAAUUAUUAAAAAAUAGAUUAUAUAUAAUCAUAACUUUAGGCAUGAGCAAUUUAUACUUUGUUGUAACUGGUAUACAAUUUUGGAUAACUGAAUAUAUGUCUGUAGUUUUAUUAACAGAGAAGAUAAAAAUUGUUACUGUAUCUACAUUAUGUUUUUUAACAUCUCCCACAUCAGGUGUUUGGUUUGGUGGAUUUGUUUGUGAUUUAUUUGGUGGAUAUAAAAAUACAAAUUAUUCUAAAACUAUUAAGGUUGCUACUGCUUUUGCUAUUUCUGCUUGUAUUUUUGGAAUUUUAUCUGCUCAUUUAAAUAAUUUCAUCUUGUUUUCAAUUUCCUUAUGGUUAUGUUUAUUUACUGGUUCAGCUCUAGUACCAGUGGCUGUUGGAAUGCUUUUAUCUUGUGUUGAUAAUCAUCAGAAAAGUUUGUCAUCUGCUGUUUCACAAGUUAUAUAUAACGUUUUUGGUUGGUUUUCAGCUCCUUUACUAUCUGGUAUCAUUAUGGAUAUAAUGCACAAAUACACUAAUGAUAAUCGACUAGCUUUAAAAACUGGUUUUACUAUGAUUCUGUAUUCGAGUUCUAUAGGUUUUCUUUUAUUAUUAUAUGCAAAUUUUUUGGAUUUUUCUGACAAAAAAGAAAACGACGAGUUAUUAGAAUUAGAAGAGCCACUGAAGUAA